GUCCCGCCGUCAGGCCCACCCAUCAAAACCUUCCGGGCUGUCUUUUUUGCGGUUAGCGGUGACAACUUGAACUCUGUUCGUACGGAAGGCCGGCAACGACAAGUACAUAAGGCGGGUCCUUGAGGACCUGUGCUUCCCCAAAAGGAUGGCCCAUUUCUCUGGCGAGGACGAGGUGGUGAUGCAGACGAUGCUGAGGCAGCUGUUCCAGAGCGUAAAAGAGAAGAUCACGGGUGCCCCCUCUCUGGAGUGCGCCGAGGAAAUCCUCUUACAUCUGGAGGAAACUGAUGAAAAUUUUCACAACUAUGAAUUUGUGAAAUAUCUUAGACAGCAUAUAUAUAACACUUUGGGGUCCAUGAUUGAAGAAGAAAUGGAAAAAUGGAUGUCUAAUCAGAAUCAGGAUGAAGAAUCUGGCUAUGACACAGUUGUACAGCAUGUUACUAAAAGAACCCAGGAAUCUAAAGAAUACAAAGACAUGAUGCAUUCCCUGAAGAACAUCAUGAUGGUAGUGGUGGAAUCUAUGAUUAACAAGUUUGAAGAAGAUGAGGUACGGAGUCAAGAGAGUCAGAAAAAAAUCCAGAAGGAGAAGAGCAACAGUUACUGCACAGACAAUUGCUCUGAUAGUGAUUCAUCUUUCAAUCAGAGUUACAAAUUUUGUCAAGGAAAAUUACAAUUGAUUUUAGACCAGUUGGAGCCUGGGCAACCUAAAGAGGUGAGAUAUGAAGCCUUGCAAAUGUUAUGUUCAGCUCCGCCAUCUGAUGUCCUGAAUUGUGAAAAUUGGACCACUCUCUGUGAAAAACUGACAAUGUCUCUUUCAGAUCCUGAUCCUGUGUUUAGUGACCGGAUUUUAAAAUUCUAUGCACAGACAUUUACUCUUUCACCAUUACAUAUGACCAAGGAAAUUUAUACAAGCUUAGCUAAAUAUUUGAAGUUAUACUUUCUUUCUAGAGAAAAUCAUAUUCCUACUCUGUCAACUGGUAUAGAUAUAAGUAAUCCUAAUGUGAUCUGCUUACUUAAAAAGGUUCGUCUUCUAAAUGAAUAUCAGAAAGAGGCUCCAUCUUUCUGGAUUCGUCACCCAGAAAAGUAUAUGGAAGAGAUUGUGGAGAAUACUUUGUCCUUAUUAUCCGUUAAACAUGAUCAGGGCCAUCUUGUCUCACAAAAGAUUUUGGAUCCAAUCUACUUUUUUGCAUUGGUUGAUACCAAAGCUGUGUGGUUCAAAAAGUGGAUGCAUGCAUAUUAUAGCAGAACUGCAGUACUAAGACUUCUUGAAAAGAAAUAUAAAUCUUUGAUAACUACAGCAGUUCAGCAGUGUGUUCAGUACUUUGAGUUGUGUGAGGCCAUGCAAAUCGAUGAGAUUUUGGGUCAUUCAAAGCAUUGUGGGAACAAACAGAAAACCUUCUACUACUCAGGACAAGAAUUACAAUAUAUUUAUUUCAUUCACUCACUGUGCCUUUUAGGAAGAUUAUUGAUCUAUACACAAGGCAGACGGCUAUUUCCUAUAAAGCUGAAGAAUAGAAAAGAUUUAGUAUCCCUUACAGAUCUUGUGGUUUUGUUUACCCAACUUAUCUAUUACUCACCAAGUUGUCCAAAGAUGACAUCUGCUGCACAUCUAGAUAAUUACUCUCCUGCAAGUAUGGUGACUGAAGUUCUUCAGAUACUCUGUGAUCAGAAAGAAUGUGCAAUUGAAUGCUUGUAUAACAACACUGUGGUUGAGGCACUUCUUCAGCCUAUUCAUAACUUAAUGAAAGGAACUAAGACUGCUCCAAAUUGCUCUGAAACCGUUUUAAUUCACAUAGCUGAUAUAUUGGCAAGAAUAGCGUCUAUAGAAGAAGGACUUACCUUACUUCUUUAUGGGGAAAAUAUGAACUCUUCUGGAGAAAAAAGUUCUACAGGUGCUCAUAUAAUUGCCCAGUUUUCGAAAAAACUUCUUGAUGAAGACAUUUCUAUUUUUUCUGGUUCGGAAAUGUUGCCUGUGGUUAAAGGAGCUUUUAUUUCUGUGUGUCGUCAAAUAUAUGGUACAUGUGAAGGCUUACAGGUGUUAAUUCCUUAUAGUUUGCAUGAGUCUAUAGCAAAAGCAUGGAAGAAGACAAGUGUGCAAUCAGAAAGAACUCCUACUCCAGUAAAGUGCUUGGAAUCUGUUUCUUCAGUAAGCCAGGAAUCCCAAAACCUUAUGGCUUGGGAAGAGAAUUUGUUAGAUGAUUUACUAAAUUUUGCUGCCACUCCCAAAGGACUACUAUUUCUUCAAAGAACAGGUGCCAUCAACGAAUGUCUGACAUUUAUGUUCAACCGAUAUGCAAAAAAAUUACAGAUCAGCAGGCAUAAAAAGUUUGGCUACGGAGUUUUGGUUACACAAGUGUCAUCAACAGCAGCAGGUGCAGUGGCACUACAAAGUUCAGGGUUUAUUAAUGCACUUAUAACUGAAUUAUGGACCAAUCUGGAAUGUGGAAGAGAUGAUGUUAGAGUAACCCAUCCCAGAUCUACUCCAGUGGAUCCUAUUGACCGGAGCUGUCAAAAGUGUUUUCUAGGACUGGUGAACUUGUUACCUUAUCCUGCUGUUUAUGAGCUGGUAGGCAAUCGAGAGCUUCCUAAUAAAGCAGAAUAUUCUCUUCGUGAAGUCCCAACAUGUGUUAUUGAUAUUAUAGAUAGACUUAUACUUUUGAAUUCAGAAGCGAAGAUUCGUUCUUUAUUCAACUAUGAACAGUCACACAUCUUUGGUCUAAGAAGAUGGUUAUUAGGUGUGGUAUGCUGUGAUCUAGACACUCUUCUCCUAUUGGAGGCUCAGUAUCAAGUAUCUGAAGUGUUACUGAAUGCUCAAGAAGAAAAUAUCUUAGAGAACUCUGAAAGCCACAGGGAUUUUAUAAUUGAUGGCUUAUCUGUAGAGAGAAAUCAUGUUCUUGUUAGAAUAAAUUUGAUUGGUGGGCCUAUGGAACGAAUUCUGCCACCAAGGGUACUACAGAAGGGUGAUGAUCCGUAUCCUUGGCCAAUGUUUUCAUCAUAUCCUUUACCAAACUGCUACCUGUCAGAAGUUACAAAAAAUGCUGAUCUAAAACAAGACAAUGAUCUUGGCAAACUUUUAUUAUGCUUCAAAAUGUCUGAUAAACAAACUGAGUGGAUAGAAAACUGCCGAAAACAGUUUUGCAAAAUGAUGAAGGCCAAACCUGAUAUAAUCAGUGGAACUGCUUUACCAGAAUUGCUUGAAAAAUUUGUGCUUCAUCUCUCUGAAAGCCCAUCUGAAUGUUACUUCCCCUCAGUGGAAUAUACAGGUAUUCUUUGUGCUGCUCUCAGAGUGAUCUUUGAAGUGCGAAUCUGAACCAUUCAUUCCUGUAUUCCCUGGAAGAUCACCAUUGACCAUUGCAUAAAGUCUAAGCUUCUUAUCAUAAAACCGAAGGCCUUAUGUUAUCCUUCCCUUUUCUUCCUCUCCAGCAUCAUGUCUUUCUCCCCUUGCCUUUUAUUUAUUUUUCAGGAACCCUAAACUAUUAGUACGGCCAACUUCUCCUUCCCCCACCCAAAUACUCACUCGUUUAUUAAACGGGUAUUGUUCUCUAGUAUUUAGUAGAAUUUUUCUAAGCAUUUAAGCACAGCAGGAAACAAAAGAAGGAGAAAAUCUUGCCUUCUGGUGGGAGCACAGACAAUAAAGAAAUAAAUGUUUCAGUAUAUCAAAUAGUAUGAUAGCGAAUGAGAAAUACACAGCAGGGAAGAGGGCUACAGAGUGCUAUUUGGGCACGAAGGUUACAUUAUUAAAUCAUGUUCAGACUAGCAGAAGUUGGGAGCAAGAUAAGUAGAUAUUUUCAGGGGAGGAGAAUUCCAGCUAGUGACCAGGAAGGAGACAUGAGUGUCUGAACACAAGUACAGGAGAAGCAUUGUAGGUAUUGAAGGCAGACAGGAAGGAUGAUAGAGGGCUUUUGAAAGUCACUGUAGCAUCUUGAACAUAGGAACACAUGCUCAGAUUUACACAAAAAUCACUAUGGUGGCUGUGUUGAGAAAAGACUGAAGGGAGGACAAAGGACUAAAGCAGGAAGAUGGAUUAGGAGGCUGUUGCGAAGAUGCAGGUGAAAAAUGGUAAUGGUCUGGAUGAGGAUGUCAGUGGGAGAUAGAAAUAUUUGGAUUCUGGGUAUAUUUUGAUUAGAGAGCCAACAGAAUUGAGUAACAGAUUGACUAUGGAAUGUAAGAGAAAGGAAGGAAUUAAAGACUCUAAGUUAUUGAUCCAAACCACUGGAAGGAUGAGAUUAUCAUACACUGAUAUGGGGGAGAAAUAGGUUUGAGAGAGGGGGUGAAGAGCUUGAUUUUAUGUUAUGUUUUGAAUGCUUGUUAUACAUUUAAAUAGAUAAUGUUUUUUACACUGGAUUGGAUAUUUGAAUCUAGCAUUUAGGGGAAAAAUGUGAGCUGGAAAUAUAAAUUGCUAAAUCAUCAGCUUCAUAUACAAAGCCAAUAUGCAUCUCUGUCAUAUCUUUCUCACAUUCUGACUUAAUGUCUAAUUCUUCAUGUGACAGUAAACUCCUAUAGGGUAGUUUCCAUAUCUUAUCUAUCAUAUCUUCUGCAACUAGAAUGGCAGUAUUAAGAAAUAUUUGACAAAUAAAAGAAUGGCUAAAAGAAUGAAGGAGGGGGCUUCAUAAAUUAUGUCAAUCAGUUUGUCUUAAUUUUAGUAGGCAAUAGAUUAAAUCUUUUGAGAUUUCUGAGCAGAAGCCUUACUUGAUUCAUCUGUACUUUAGGAAGAUUAUUUUAGUGACUGUGUAAAGGAUGAAGUAGAGUGAAAUCUGCCAAAGGUGAAUAUCCAGAAUGGGAGGGUUGGUAAACAAAGAGAUAGUGAACAUAACAGAGAUGUAGCAAAGACUCAUGAUUAAUAGAUAAUCAAGAGGUAUUGCUCCUCUUCCUCAUUACGGUGGCAUGACUCCUCUGCUGGAGAAAUUAUCAUUUAAAUAUUUAUUCAAGUUAGACACUAUACAUCAUAUUUACUUAAAAAUAUUUACUUCCAGUCUGGGCCAGCCUAUCCCUCUGACUCUAUUACCACUAUCAAAGACCUCCCGUGCAUUCAUGUCACUGAACCUUUGUUCUGCCUCUUCCUCCUGAAUGAGCUUUCCUCUCCCCAUGACACCCACAGGAUAAUGUCCAACUCAACUGUAAAGUUGCAGCUACAAUGUUCCCUUCCCUCUUACUAAGUAGAUGUUCCUCCUCUGUGCUCAUUAUUAUAUUCACUUUAAACUACUAUUUUGAUAUUUGUUGUAUGUGGCUAGUUUCAAUUAUCCCAUUAGGUCUCAAACUCCUUUGUAUCUUUAAUAUAGUAUUUGAUAUAUUUUUAUUAAAAUAAAUACAUAUACUGUAACAUAAUUAUCUUUAUUCACACAAAUACAUCUGUAUAACAAUUCUAAAUAUAUUGGUAAUUGCAUAUACACAUAUGAACAUACACCUAAUUAUUUACAUAGUAACCUUUAAUGCAGGUUUGGCAAAGGAGUGAAAUAGAGCAUAAGAAAAUGAGAACAAAGAAAUGAGAGGAAAAUAUAAGGUAGUAUUAAACAGAAAUUUAGGUAGAUGAAGGGAAUUGAUACAUAUUGAGCACCUCUUAUGAGCUAAGUAGUAUGCUGAGGUACUUGAUGUGUGUUUUUUAUUCAACCCUAUGAAUAACUACACUUUGCAGUAGGCAUAAUCAUCACAUUUAAAAUCAGGCAAUUGAAGUACAGAGGAAAGAAAACAAAUUGUGAAGAGAAUAUUGCAGAAGACCAUUUGUGAAGAAAAUGAUAACUUUAUGAAUAAGCCUGGAAAUGUAUGUGAAAACAUACAGGGAUUAAUGGUCAUGUCUGUGACUAAGAGAGGAAACAAGAAAUGGUAAUUAUGGAGAUUUGCGUGGCCAUUCCCUAGUCUUCAGUAUAAUCUCCAGUUUCUGCAACUAUGCUUGGCACAUUGUUGGGUCACAUUUUCUGUAGAUAUGUUUUAUAAAUCAUCUAAUACUUAACAAGACUAAUUGCUCAAUGUGUAUACAUUCAUUGCCCUGUAUUAAAUUUCUCAAUUAUGCUGAGGGAGAUUUCAGAUGUUGGCUUUUUUGGAUGCAUGAUCGAGGCAGAUAAACUCCAAAUGUGAAUUUAAAUUCUUUAAAGGCUCCUGCUGAACAGCUGUCCACUGGAGUUUUAGAGUACAGCCAAAAAUAAGGUAGCUUCUUAUUUAUUGAUUGUACAGUAUAUAUUAUGAUAGGGUAAGCUUAUUGCUAAUAUCAUUUUCUUCCCAUAGCUUUAGAUAUCCUUACCCUUCAUCAUUUAUUGUUUUGGCUAGUGAAUCAAUGGUUUCCUAUUAUAAAAUUUCACUCUAUUUAAAUAAAUAAAAACCAUGUUUUGAUAUAAAAGAUGUUUCAAAGCAAAUGCUGGAUAGAUAUAUUCAUUGGUUUUUUUCAUGUUUCUUGAAAUGAGAAAUUGAUUGUCUUUUUAAAAAUGACAGCUUGCUUAAACCCUAAGGUAGCUGAAAUUAGAAUAACACAAUCAUCCAUCUGUUGUUAGUUCCCUCAGGAUUUCAAUCCAUUAUAAAAUUUGCAAAUCUGGAAAAAUCAGAUUAGUUUAGCCGUUUAUCCCCUUAAAGAAAAAGGAAUGAACAAAUUUCUGCACAAUUGCAGUUUGUACAUCUAUACAGGUAUCUUUCUAAAUCUUAAGUGAUGUCAAUUUUUUCUUGGUUUAAUUCCCUGGAAUGAGUUGGGGAUUUUUUUUUCCUACAGUAAUUGCUUCUUUAAAUGAGAAAUAUUCCUUUAAAGGUAGUAAUUAUUUUUAAUGUUAGGACUUUACUCUUUAUGCUUUUAAUCAAAAAGUUGGAAAGAAAUCAGAAAAUAUUGCAUUGUUUCACCUUUUGACUAUUAAAAUACUUUUAACCUUAAUAUAUAUAGUUAAACACAUUUUCUACUUUCUUUGGACAUUCAGCAAAUAUGCUCUUUUCUAUCUUACAUUUAGGGAGCAUGUUUGUGAGUACACUUGAUAAUUGCAAGGAAAUAUAUAACAUGGAUUACAUUGUCCUCAAAAGAGGGGAAAUAGUAAUACAAUCAUGAAUUAAGUAAAUUGCAGCAUUUAGUAAGAGAAAAUAAAGAAAACUGAUAUCUUCCAGCUCACGAUUUUAUUUCAGGCAAUGUGCCUUUAAUUAUGGUAUUUAAAUUGGGUUAUUAUCAAAUGAGGGGUUUUGUUUUAAGUGCCACAGGUUUUCAGUGGAAAGAGUGAUCAGAGUUGACUAGUGCCAUCAUGGAGGAUAAGAGGAAGAAGUGAUAAUGGAGCAGAAAGAGUGGCAUCAGUGUGGCCUGCUGGGCUAUUACAGCUGAAAAAACUAGAAAGGGAGACUUGCAGGAAAGGGUCAUUGCAUAGAGACCUGGAAAGAAAAUUCCUUUUUUUCCCCCAAAUAAUGCUGAUCAUACCAAUUAGGAGACUGAGACUCACAAUAGCUUGGCCACAAGAAGUUGAAUUUUAUGUCAGUAAGAAUUGAAGAAAAUGGAUAGUUACAACCACAUGUUAAAAGAGAAGCAACAGAGUCUGCAGACUGUCUCUGGGGAAGGAAGGAGGUAGGAGAGAGUAUACCGAUUGGUUGACUCCUUUGGAUGAUGAGAGUUCUUUGACUUUAUAACAAAUACAGCAGGGCUUUCAGAAGAAUCCGUAAACAACAAAGCGGUAACUGCUUCUCUAACCAUGGAAAUGUACUCCAGUGGAGAAGUUCUUUACUCUUCUAAAAAUUAAUUUUUUCCACAACAUUAGCCAAGUGCCAGGCAGAAUAGAUUUCAUAUCUUCUACUACUGCUCUGUGUGCUAGCUUGCAAACCAAAAACAGAACAUAAUUCAUUACCAGAGUGAGCAAUUUCAGUCAAUAUUAAGCCAAUUUUUCCAACUCUUUUUGUUCUGAGACCAUUGUAUUUACAAUUAAAUUGAUUGGUUAUUUCAAAUAGUUAAUACUGUGACUGAAUUGACAUUAAGUAGGGCAACUAUGAUGCUACAGGUGUCAUUGGUUGAUUUUUUAUCAGUAACAUGUUUUUCAUAGUGACUCCAGGGAGUAGGAACUAUAUCGUCCAUUUGUUACUUAAUUUCAAUAUACAGAAAAUAUUUUUAAAUCCAUAUCCAUUUCCAUCUCUACCUUGCUCCAUUUGAUAUGAAGUAGAAUUUCUUGUUCAUUCAUUUAUUCAUUUUUCUACUCAUUCACUCAGUGUUUAUUAAGCACCUAUUAUGUAUCUCACACAUAGAUAUGUAUGUUUCAAUAAGUCAUUGGUUACCAGUGAUACAUCAGAAUCCCCUGAAGACAUAUAUUUUUAUCAUUGAAUUUUAUUUUACCCCAUCAAUUUUGUUUUAUUUCUGAGGAUUUUAAUUAUUGCUUCAUAAAUUGUAUUUAGUCCAGGUUGCAUAUAACAAAAGAUUAUUUCAAUGAACUUUUGUAGUCCCAAGAUCCAUUUCUGUUUGUCAAGUUGUCUUAUAUCAGACAAAUUGAAAAUUGAAGUGGCUCUGUAAAUAAAAUAUUUAAUAAAUAGUUAACUAUUUUCUGACUUCUUUAUUCCUGUUUUGAAACUUUAUUUUUUUCAAUGGGGUUUUAUUCACACUAAUGUCACCUAUGUGUAUUUAAUAUUACUGUUUUCAUUUAUUGGGUUUUUUUUUAAAUGUUUAUGUAUCUUGAGAGAGAGAGAGCCAAAGAGCGUGCACACACAUGUGCGAGUAGGGGGUGAGGCAGAGAGAGAGAGAGAGAGGGGAGAGAGAAUAUCCCAAGCAGGCUCCAUGGUUAGGAUGGAGCUGAUGUAGGUCCUGAGCUCACGAACCAUGAGAUCAUGACCUGAGCCAAAAUCAAGAUUCAGACGCUUAACUGAUUGAACCACCGAGACGCUCUAUCAUUAGUGUUUUCUUAGAAUGGGUAUUUGAUGUUUGUUUUGGUAUGUUUAAUACCCUCCCCCAUAUUCUCAUUUAAAAGCCUCUUUGAUUAUUUAACUACUACAUUCCUAAAAAUGAAAUUUGUGUGGUGGGCUAUUCCUGUCCAACUUUAACUGUAGCUAAACUUCACCUUUUUUCCUUUAAAUGUUGAUCUCAAGUUCAGUGCACAAGGAAUAAGCUGUAGCGGUCUUUAAAAAUACAAAUGACUGGACAUUCACUCAGCAAUCUCCUUCAGUAGUCUGGAGUGGAGUCUGUUUAUCUUUACUUUUAAAAGGCUCAGAGAAAUUUGAUGAACAGCCAUCAUUGGGAACAAUUAUCUGUUGAAAUGUGCAGAAUUCAGUUUUUACUCAAUAUACAGCAUCAUAAACUUUUAGAAAAGGCGUAGAUCGGGGAAAUUAUUUACACAAUCCCAGAAGAGGUAAAAGGACUCCUCAGGCAGACAGCUAGAUCACUCUGGAAGUACUCUUUCCUUAUAUGAGGAAGAACUAAGAACCCGAACCUCAUAUAACAUGGAGUAUCAUAGUCCUUUUGGGUAACUCGCUCACCUUGAUCCUUAACUAUUCCAUUCUUCACUGAUACAGAUGUCAGCAUCUUCUGCUAGAAGUUACCCUGAUGUACAGAAUUCGAUAGCCUCAGGAAUGCUCCUUAUUAGUACCCUUAGCCCACUGUACACUCCUCCUACUAUUAAGAUAUUUAGCUGUAUUAUACUUUUCAAAAGAGAAACAUUAUUAUAAGCACACAGAUCUAUAUGUAGAUGAAGAUAAAUAUUUCUCAUGUUUAGUCCAAUUUUAUAUGUACUAGAAUUCUAAGCAUUAUUAUCUAAGUAAAAAUUGUUCUGGUAAUAGUUUAUAAAAAUCAAUCUUUUAUAUAAGUACAGAUAAAUGGAAUUCAUAGAAGUAUGUUCAAUGUUAUGAAAAAUUCCCAAACUAUUUUCCAGAAUAGUUGUACCAUUUUACACUCUAACCAACAGUGUAUGACAGUUCCAAUUGCUCUUUAUUCUUACCAACACUUGGUAUUUUCAGUCUUAAAUUUUAGCUAUUUUAGUAGGUGUGCAGUAGUAUCUCCAUGUGGUUUUAAUUUACAUUUUCCUGAUGAUUAAUGGUGUUGGAUACAUCUCUUCUUUUGAGAUGUCUAUCCAAGUAUUUUGUUUCCUAUCCACCUCAACAUUUUUAUAUGGGUUUCAUGACUUCUUAUGUUUGAGUUAUAGGUGGUGGUUAUAGAUUAUGGAUAUGAUCCUUUAUCUAAUUUAUACUGCACGUAUUUUCUUCCAUUGUGUAGUCUGUUUAGUUAUUUCCUUAAUGGUGUCUUUUGAUGAAUGAAAGUCCACCUUUAAGAAGCAGAAAGAGAAAUCAAGGAAUCGAUCCAAUGUACAACUGCACCAAAACCCAUAAGA